AUGAAGAGUGCAGCAGUCUUUUCUAUCUUUGGCCUCUUCUUAGCCCCGGUUGCUGCCGUACCAGCUACAGCCAGCGCAGGUAACGGCGUCGAGAGCAUAGCCGAUACCUUGGAUGAUUUCAUUCCUCUCUUUACCGAGACGACAGACAUCAUUGGAAACAUUGAUUUUGACAAUGCCCAACCGGCGGCGGGGGCCAUCUGGGAUAAGUUGAAUGAAAUGCUGGACUUGUGUGUCCUUUUUGUAGAGAGGUUCUAUGAGCCAAAGGGCGGCGACAACAUCAAGAAUCUCAAUCAGGACGAGCAAAAAGAAGUCUGCAACAAGUUCGACCAGUUUACUUCCGAGUUUGACGAUUUUGCCACAAGCUUGAACAUCGUAGCUAUCGGAGUUGAUGCCAACACAAAGGGAAUUACGAAGCGUGUCCUCUACGUCAUAGAGCAGAUCUUCUUUGGCAUCGACUUCAUCCACCAUAGACCUCUCAGAACGCUAGUUCCUAUUUGCAAGGACAAGGCGGAGGGCAAUGCCAAGAAGGUUCUGGAGGAUCUCAAGAUUCUGAUUACGCGUACGAUGGAACAACGGAGUGCUCUCGACUUGGGGGGCCAAGGGUGA